AUGCCAGCCCCACCACCACCUCCGCUACCGCCACAGACCAUAUUCCCCUCUUCAACCCCGACAAAACCAACAACGCAGUCAACACUGCCCAACUCUAACAACCCACAACCCCGCAACUCAAUCUCCCCGCCAAAUGUUCCAACCGCAGGCCCACCAAACAGCCACCUCGUCUCCCUCCUCAUUUACAACGGCUAUCCCUUCGCCGACCACUGGGAAUUUCACAUUGCCCCGUCAUCGUCAUCUCACAAUCCCAUCCACCCUAAACCCUCCUCUACCGAUCCCCAGCAGCAACGCAAUCCCAACUUCGACGAAAUUGGUACAUCUCCUUACUCCCCAGGCACAGGCACAAUCAUCCAAGCAGCAGGCGACGUCGCUACUGGUUUCUGGCUUGAGAUCAAGCGUGGCUGGGAUAUGCAUCGUGGGGAUCGAGGGAGUCGGGGGAGUGUGGGCUUGCUGCCGAGGAGCGUGCCGUUGGGGUGGCUGGGGAUCUUUCAAGGGCUGUUUGCCCGCGGGAGUGAUGGUGAGGUGUUGGUGGAAGGGAAACCGAGGUGUGUGUUUGAGAGGAUUCUGUUUGAGGUGCCCGCGCCUGGGAAGACGUUGCGGGCUGUAGAAGGGACAGAGGCAGUACAGCCACGUAUCAAGAUACGACAGAGGAACUGCCAGAGCUGGGUCAUCGAAGUGGCCGAGCGGCUGGUGCAAGAGGGUCUUUUUGCCCAGAGCGUGGUAGACUACCUGCGCGCAGCGAGCAUCAUGGUCUGA